AACCUGAUUGCAGGAACAAAAUAGUAUAAAUUGUUAUGCUACCUGCUUAAAGGCACAGAGGGCUGAGUGAACAGCUUUCUCAACUCAUAGGACAGGUAAAAGUAACUGUUUCUGUAAGGAUAUUCUUGAAUAAUAAAUGGGGGAUCAAAAGUAUUGUGGCAGGAGAUUAGACAUAUGCGGGGUCUUGCCGUAGGCUAACAUAUUAUUAUUAUUAGUGAAAGUAAAGCGGACAAUCUAGAGAUCGGAUUAGAUCAACUAUUUGGAUCAAGAUAGCAUGCAUGUUAUUAAAGAUGGGAAGCCAACAACAACAUCUGAGUAUUUGAUCUUAAUAUGGGAAUAGGAUGUGUAGCCCGGACAGCUGCGUAAGAGGAACAGUAUGCCUUAGGUGAAAAGAAGAACGAAAAUGAUCCAACCUGGAGUCACGUUCAAACAACCGAAAGUGUUCUGUGUUUCGAAAGCAAGCGUGUGUGUUAUGUAUCACCUGUUUUUUUAAUAAUCCUAUGGAACUAACGGUUUUCGUCUGGAUCCUUCACCAUGUCAAAAGUAAUUCAGAAGAAAAACCACUGGAUCACCCAAGUUACCGAGUGCGCUGUGAGUCGGGAUGCUCGCGGGGAGCUGAAUGUGGAGCUGCGCGGCGGUGCGGAGAAUGGAGAGUUUCCAUACAUCGGGGAAGUUAGAGAGGAUGUUUUGGUUUAUAAAAACGGACAACUGUCUGAGGGGGAGUUACUGCUGGAAGUUGAGGGUUUGUCGGUGUCUGGAUUGCCACUCUAUGACGUCUUGAUUGUGAUGAAUCGUUGCAAGGGUCCCGUCAGGCUGAAAACUGUCCGACAAGGUAACAAGCUGAACAAGGACUUGAAGCACUACCUGAGCCUGAGGUUUCAGAAGUCCUCCCCCGACCAUGAGCUCCAACAGACCAUCAGAGCUAACCUCUACCACCAUGCUAUGCCUUGUACGACACGCCCCCCUCGAGACGGGGAGGUCCCCGGGGUUGAUUACAACUUCCUGUCUGUGGAGGACUUCUUGAACCUUGAGCAGAGUGGGACACUACUGGAAAUAGGAACGUUUGAAGGUAACUAUUAUGGGACGCCUAAGCCGCCGAGGCAGCCCGUGGUUGGGACAGUGAUUCUCAGUGAUGCUGUGCUCCUCAACGGCCCUCCAGGCUCCCAGCAGUCCACUCCCAAGCGCACCAAGUCCUACAAUGACAUGCAAAACGCCCAAGUAGGACCUGCUGACUACGAGGAUGACGACCAGGCUACAGAAAUGAACAACAGUUUUACAGGUAACCCUAGCGACCAGGACGAGAGCUGCGGCGGUGUUCUACGGCCGUACCCCGCGCGCGAGAACGCUCCGUCCUAUGGUCUGAACAACGUGGCCUCAUCCACCUCGGACAGUGGGCAGCAGACACACGCCCAGCCCCAGGCCUCCCCAGAAGACCCCCUAGGACCCCUGCCAGGCAACUGGGAGAUGGCUUACACCGAGAAUGGAGAAGUCUACUUUAUAGACCACAACACAAAGACCACAUCGUGGAUCGACCCUCGCUGUCUGGAGAAACCUCUAAAACCUCUGGAAGAGUGUGAGGAUGAUGAAGGGGUCCAUACGGAGGAACCGGACAAUGAGCUAGAGCUGCCUGCUGGAUGGGAGAAGAUAGAUGACCCAGUGUAUGGGGUUUACUACGUAGAUCACAUCAACAGGAAGACCCAGUAUGAGAACCCCAUAGUGGAGGCUAAACGCAGGAUGCAGCUGGAGCAGCAGCAGCCGCAGCCUCCUGAAGAGUGGAUAGAGGAACACUCCUCAGCUGGUGCUCCCCUGGCCGUCUAUGCCAGUAACCACCUGGAGACAUACCGUGACCCCCAGGACCCGCCCCCACUGCCCCCUCCCCCGGGAGGGACCAAACGUGAGUGGGACAGACAGACAGACAGCAGAACUGAAGGUACCUUCAUCAACACCAAACUGAAGAAGAGCAGACAGACAUAGAUAGGUAGACAAACAGACAUAGAUAGGGACGAUGAGCAGGAUGAGUUCCUCCAGAUCAAGAGUCUUGACAUAGAUAGGUCCACAGCUGUGGAUGGGAAGAUGGAGACAGGUGAUGUCAUAGUAAGUGUGAAUGACAUCAUCGUGCUUGGCUACACCCACGCCCAGGUGGUGAAGAUCUUCCAGUCCAUCCCGAUCGGCUCCAUGGUGGACCUGGCCCUGUGCCGCGGCUACCCUCUGCCCUUUGACCCCGACGACCCCAACACCAGCCUGGUGACCUCCGUGGCCAUCCUGGACAAGGAGCCCAUCAUCGUCAAUGGUCAGCAGAGCUAUGACUCCCCGUCCAGCCACGGCAGCCAGACCGGAGGCCCCAUUAACGGGAUGAGGGAGCCGCGGGCCCUCAGCCCCUCGGCGGAGGUGGCGUCCAACGGCUCACACGGCUACUCCUCCAGCGACGUGGUCACCCUGGCGUCGUCCAUCGCCGGGCAGCCCGAGCUGAUCACAGUGCACAUGGAGAAGGGCGAUAAGGGCUUUGGGUUCACAAUCGCUGACAGCUUGACGGGUGGGGGUCAGAGGGUGAAGCAGAUUGUGGACUACCCCCGCUGCAGGGGCCUGAAGGAGUCAGACAUUCUGAUGGAGGUGAACAAGAGGAACGUCCAGAACAUGACUCACAACCAGGUGGUGGACCUGCUCAGCAAGUGUCCCAGAGGCAGCGAGGUCACCAUGCUGGUGCAGAGAGGAGUGGUGCCAGCCAAGAGGAGCCCCAAGCUGGUGCAGCAGCUGGAGAGGAAGAACAGUCAGAGCAGCUCCCAGCACAGUGUGUGCAGCCAUCGCAGCACCCACACAGACUCUCCCAGCCACCCCUCCUCCAACAUGCCCAGUGAGGCCGUAGGCCCUCCUCCGGCCGCCCCCACUCACCUGUUGCCUGGCCUGCCUCCCCUGCCCACCCAUGACCCUGGAGAUGGUACCAUGACCCUCCAGAAGAAGCCAGACCCCUUCAAGAUCUGGGCCCAGUCCAGGAGCAUGUAUGAGAGCAGACAGCCAGAUUGCCAGGAGCAGGAGAUCUUCCUGUGGCGGAAGGAUACAGGUUUUGGGUUCCGCAUCCUGGGAGGAAAUGAGGCUGGAGAGCCGAUCUAUAUUGGGCACAUAGUGAAGUAUGGAGCAGCAGAUGAGGACGGGCGUCUGCGUUCGGGGGACGAGCUCAUCUGUGUGGACGGCACGGCGGUGGUGGGCAAGUCUCACCAGCUGGUGGUGCAGCUGAUGCAGCAGGCCGCCAAGCAGGGCCACGUCAACCUCACUGUCCGACGCAAAAGCUCAGGAUACGGAGUGGGUAAAGGGGAGGGUGAUGUGCCCCCAUCCCCGGCCUCGUCGCACCACAGCAGCACCCAGGCCCCCUCCCUGACCGAGGGCAAGCGAACCCCCCAGGGCAGCCAGAACUCCCUCAACACAGUCAGCUCCGGCAGUGGCUCCACCAGUGGGAUUGGCAGUGGGGGAGGAGGGGGCUCCGGCAGUGCUGUGGUACCCGCAGCCCUGCAACCAUAUGACAUGGAGAUCCAACGCGGAGAGAACGAGGGCUUCGGAUUCGUCAUUGUGUCGUCGGUCUCCAGGCCUGAUGCCGGGACUACUUUGGCUGGAAAUGCAUGUGUGGCCAUGCCCCACAAAAUAGGGCGCAUCAUCGAGGGGAGCCCUGCGGACCGCUGUGGGAAACUGAAGGUGGGCGACCGCAUCCUGUCUGUCAACGGCUGCUCCAUCACCAACAAGUCCCACUCGGACAUUGUCAACCUGAUCAAGGAGGCUGGGAACACCGUCUCUCUGAGGAUCAUUCCGGGUGACGAGUCCUCCAACGCGUCUCUGUUGACCAAUGCUGAGAAGAUUGCCACCAUCACCACCACGCACACACCCCAAACUGCCACAGAGUCUCGGAAUAACUCAAAGUUGAAACAGGCUCCUCCUCCACCUCCUCCAACACAAGCUCUGCCCUCACAGGAUGCAGAGUUCUACUCUGUGGAUCUGGAGCGGGACAGUAAAGGCUUUGGGUUCAGCCUGAGAGGGGGACGGGAGUACAACAUGGACCUUUAUGUGUUGAGGCUGGCUGAGGACGGGGCAGCUGGCAGGAAUGGCAAGAUGAGGGUGGGAGAUGAGAUCCUGGAGAUCAACAGCGAGAGCACAAAGAACAUGAAGCACGCACGCGCCAUCGAGCUGAUCAAGAAUGGUGGCCGGAGGGCACGCCUGGUCCUCAAGAGGGGCGAUGGAUCUGUUCCUGAAUAUGACGCCAGCCAUGACGGGCACUCUCCCACACCCGGGGCACAAGACUCUCCGCAAGUGAGAACCCUGCCACCAAACAGCCGAUAUCACACCUCAUCGGAGUCUAGUUAUCCACCAGACCUUCACAAACCAUCACGCCAUGAGGAUGCUGGACAGGGCCGAGACAGGGACAGGAUGGAGCACUCGGGCCGGCACUUUAACCACCACCACCAUCACACCUGGAACAACAACCACACCAACUCCAGACAACACUCCCCGGACAGCAGCACCAGCGGUGGGAACAACAAGAAGAGUCUUGGCCGCAAAUUCAAGAAGUCUGACUCGGAGAGCGGCAUCUCGAAACUCUUAAAGACUCUGCGCAAGGACAGCUCUGGGAAGAAGGCUGCAGCUGCAGCGGCGGAGAAAGAACGAGAGCGCUCCGCUAGUAGCAGUACUCUGGACCAGAGAUAUGGUCGAUCGCGCCGCGGCUCCCUCGACCGCUCGCCCACCCGUAAACGCAACACUUCCCCUGACCGACGGCGGGCCAAGUCCAUGGACCGCAGGGCAGAGCGAGCACACCGGGACUGCACACCUGAGAGGGAGUAUGAUGACGGAGGGUUUCUCAGUCAUGCAGCCACUCCUGAACGACCACUCUAUGACCGUAGGCUCCUGAGGGAACCACAGACCCCAGGCAGAGCCUACAUGGAGGCCACCACCCCAGAACGCCCCAACAACGGGGCCUCCUCCCUGUCUCUCUCCAGGGACCGCACGACUGACAUGAAGGCCACCACCCCAGAACGCCCCAACAAUGGGGCCUCCUCCCUGUCUCGCUCCAGGGGCCGUACGCCCGACAGAGGCAGCCUGAAGAAUGGCAACCUCCUGAGGGACUCGUCGGCCGAGACGAGGGAUGAGAGCUACGGGAUAAACGGAACACCAGAGAGACGCUACAGGUCAGAGAGAGACUCAUCUCCAAACAGCAGCUCCAGCAGGGAGGAGCUGAGCUACGCUGCAGCGCCUGCUCCCAGACUGAAGGAUUACUACAGCACACUGAAGAACAACUCCUCCGCUCACCACAACGCCGGCUACAACAAUGCAGGACUUAGCAACAAGGCAGGACAACACCACAACAACGCAGUAGGCCGUGCCCCGAACCAGUUCCCAGAGCCUAAGAGAAGGUUUUACAAAGAGAGCCCCAAGGACCUCAGCAUCUGAGUGGACAGAGCCUGGCUUCUCAGCCCUUGAUCGUAGAGACUACAGUAAAUACACUGGACUUAGACCUCUGAGGAGAUUGACUCAUGUGAUUUAUCUGAUUUCUUGACUAAUUUGACUACUUGUGAUCCCAGACAGAGAUUCAUACCACAGCAGGAGUACAAUCUUUGUUUUAGUUCUUACUGUACGUUUCUGUUCUCGUUAUUUUGAGCAUAACUGAGGUUGUUAAUACUGUAGUGAAGUUAUGUGUAUGUGCCUAUCAAAUUACAAAUGGUGAUUUAGCUUUUUUAUAGGCGUCUCUGACUCCACAUGUGUUCCCUCUGAGGUUUCGAACAUGCUCCUUACUGUGCUAACAGGUACUUCAUGAUGAGCUUGUUUUAAUAUGUUUUUAGAUGUUGUUUUCCACCCCAGAAUUGCUUUAUAAAGCAAACUAUAGCACAAGACGUUGGCAGUACAGGCAUUUUAUGGACGACUGCAGUGAAAACCUUAGUGAAUAUCAUACAGAACGAAGGCAAACAAACAUUUUAGAACCAAUGGUCAUUUUAGAAUGAAGUAAUAUAUUUCAAAUAAUACUUUUUGCAUUUGAUUUGCUAUUUAUUUUCAAUUGGCACACACCAUGAGGUAAAAGGACCAAGUAAUAUGCCCGAUCACCUGAAAAUAAUAAUCAUUUUUACCCCUGCUGGAUUUGCUGUAGAAUUAUAUAUUUUUUGAUCUAAAUUGGUAUGGCAUGCCGCUUCCUUACCAAGCCCACAAACCCUAAAAAAUCAGAGAGGGGAAAGCAGACCAUCUAUUGAGAAAAACACCAGGUAUUGUUGAUAUUUCUCUCACAGAGCAGACAAGUCUAAAAACCCACCCGGAUCUGAGGCUGUUUGAGGUUUCUGUUUUUCAGUGUGUCUAGUAAUGAUGAGCCAAGGAGGAAAACUAAAAAAAUAUAUAUCUCAGUAAGAGGUGUCUGGGUAGACUGCCUGUGGUGGAAAUACAAUUGAACAAAGUUUUGUAUUCCUGUUCAGAGGACAGUAGAAGCAACACGUUACCUGACAAGAGCCUGUAACAUAAAACCUACUUCGCAGUUAUACACAGCAUGGAGAGGUUGACCGAGAGGUCAAGUGGUUUUAAAGUAACCACAGUCCUAUAAUGACUUGAUCCUACAAAUGUAGGCUGCUUAUUUGAUCCCACUGUUUCAGGAGAAUUUUCCCUUGAUCCUUGGCCCAUUGAUCCUAUGCAGGUGAUAUGGGAGUAUUUCUCAAGUUCCUCUCUUCCUCUCCCUGCCCAAGGAAAUGAGGUGAUGAUGUAAUCAUGUAAGGGACGUUGUUGCGAUGAUAACGGAUGGACCGUUCCAGUACAGAAGUGGGCCUAUCUGCCAGGCUGAGCCAUGCUGUCACACCACUGGAGUCUGACUGCUGCUUUGACCGUGUGUAUUCUCUGUUUUAUGUUUCACAAAACGACUAAAAAGAUAUAGGAAAAUCCACAACAAAUGCAUUGUUUUAUCACUGUUGUUGCCAUGGUACUGUAAAAAAAUAGAUACAAACAAAAAAAAGCAAACGUUUAAAGACUUUAACUUGUUGGCCACCACCUGUACAGAAUUUCAAUAUGUAACCAAUAGGAACCCAUUGAGGACUAAAAUGUUGCCUUUUUCUUGUACAAAAGAGACAUUUAUGGGAAACCUCUUUAGUGAGGAAUGUGAUAGUGUUUAUAUUUCUGAAAUGGGCCUGAUGAUUCAUGGGAAAUAUGUUAAUGUACUCUGAAUCAGGUAUGUAAAGACAUUCUAAAAAUGGACGACUUUAUUUGGUCAAUCAGAAUCUGUUUGUUGGUUUGAAUAUCUCUCGAUGGUUAGCCUGCCUUUGUAUUAUAAAGCACUUGUAUGCAGUCUGUGUUCUUUAAGCAUUAUUGCAAUGUGCUCCAGACAUAAUGCUAUCUCUGUGUUGAUAAAAGCAUUACAUGUAUAUGGGCCAAUCUUUUUUUAUAAAACACUAUGCAUAUAUAAAUACUACAUUGUUCAUAGCUUUAUUUAACCCAUGAAGCUAUAUAUAACAUUAGUCUAAGUACAAGUAGAUGUGGACUUAACCAGUAAAGCUUCUUUCCUUGAGAUGGAUCACAAUGUAUAUGUAGCUAUCAAAAAGAAGUCUGUGAAUGCUAUUUUUAUUAUCAAAUAAAGUUUUCCAUACAAAUUCAAAA